GCAGUAAUUAACAGUGUAAAAAUCUGCGUGCUGCUGGAAGGAGAUGAUCACCGGGCUUAUCAAACGCUCAACAAACAGUGCGCUGGACUGCAUUUCCAUCCCAAAGUUUUAUUUUAUCUCGACUCGCUGUGGAUCUUAAACCACUGCUGGAACGCGCAGACGUCCGUGUUUCUAUUGGCUGUGCGCAGCGUCGCUCAGAGGAAUGACGAUUUUGCUGCUAUAACCAGCUGAUGCUGAGGCUAUGAACGCGGAGCCUCUGAAGAACUGUUGACGGUACAUUGACACCCCGUCAUCGGCAUUAUGCCUGCGGAUUCGGUCUCCCGUCCGUCCAAAGACUGAGUGAGUAGGACAUUUGAUCGUGUCACGACGCACAGGCCCGGGUUUCCCCCCUCCUCCAUCUCCUGUCGCUCCACAUGAUGUUUCUUCGUCUUCCCACAUCAUCAUUUUCAUGGGCAUGAUGCUCCGUGCUUCACAGAUUGAGCUUUCUCACCUCGUACAGGCGUCACAUCGCAUCUGCAGGUUUGCCGGCAUGCAGUGUUGGAUGGAAAUAGAAGAAGGACAUCAGCACAUGGAAUAAAGGGAGCGCAAAGGACAUCUGAAUACACUCAACUGAGAUACCUAAUAAUUACAAUAAUAAGAGAUUUUUAAAAAAACAAAAAAAGUCCAGAAAAGAGGCAGAGAGAGAAAGAGAGAAGCUAUGGUGUAAAGGGAGUGAAGAUGGGCCGUGAUCAGACGCUUGCAAUGUUCCUCCUGGAGUCCACAGUUCACUCCACCGGCUGGUCAAAGCAGGAGUCUCCUCGCUAAAAACCCGAGCAGCUCAUUUCACCCGCUGGAGGAGCCCUCACUCUCGGUGAUGUAAUGAAUAAGUUUGAAGUCCUUGGCAUUGUGGGCGAAGGAGCAUAUGGAGUGGUGCUCAAGUGCAGGCAUAAGGAAACCAAUGAGCUGGUGGCGAUUAAGAAGUUCAAAGACAGUGAAGAAAAUGAGGAGGUCAAAGAGACCACUCUUCGGGAGCUGAAGAUGCUUCGGACACUGAAGCAGGACAACAUCGUCGAGCUGAAGGAGGCUUUUCGAAGGCGGGGGAAGCUCUACCUCGUCUUCGAAUAUGUUGAGAGGAAUAUGCUGGAGCUACUAGAGGAAAUGCCCAACGGUGCUCCGCCUGACAAAGUCCGCAGCUAUAUUUACCAGCUCAUCAAAGCCAUCAACUGGUGUCACAAGAAUGAGAUUGUGCACAGAGAUAUUAAACCAGAGAACCUCCUUAUCAGCUCCGAGGAUGUUCUCAAACUUUGUGACUUUGGUUUUGCUCGUAACCUGUCUGAAGGAACAGAUGCCAACUACACUGAGUAUGUCGCCACAAGGUGGUACCGCUCACCUGAGCUGCUGCUAGGGGCUCCUUAUGGAAAGGCGGUGGACAUGUGGUCGGUGGGGUGUAUCCUCGGGGAGCUGAGUGAUGGACAGCCCUUGUUUCCAGGGGAAAGUGAGAUUGAUCAGCUUUUUACCAUUCAGAAGGUUUUGGGGCCACUUCCUGCAGAACAGAUGAAACUCUUCUACAACAACCCUCGAUUUCAUGGAAUCAGGUUUCCAUCAGUUACUCAUCCUCAGACUUUGGAGAGACGUUACCAAGGCAUCUUGAGUGGUUUGAUGUUGGAUUUGAUGAAGAAUCUGUUGCUGCUCAACCCUACUGAGCGUUACCUAACAGAGCAGAGUUUGAACCAUCCAGCCUUCCAGCCUCUGAGGCAGGCAGAGAGAGAGAGGCCUCCGCCUGCUUCUCCCAACCCGCCACGCUCCUCCAAGAGAAAAACACACCAUCAUGGAGAAAACACGGUUCCUACAAGGAGUCACACUAAGAGUUCAAGCCGUCGUUCCAAUAGCAAAGAAUGUUCCAGCCUCCCUCGCCACGGAGACCUCCAUCACCUCGGGAAUGAGAGUUUUCUCAACGGCAACAAACCGGCACCAUCCAGUUUAAGUCCGACUCUGCACCCCAAGGGCCAGUACAUGUCCCAGACUCUUAAUCGUUCUAUCUCCUCCAGCAAAGAUCUGGUUAACAACAACCUGCCACACCUGCUCAGCCCCAAAGAAUCCAAAAGCAAAACAGAGUUUGAUUUCAACUUGGGGCCCUCCCCGAAGUUGCCGGACCAGGGACAUGGGGUAAAGUAUGGCCACGGCAAACCCAGCUCCUCUCGCUCUCAGCAGCAACAGCAGCAGCAGCAGCAGCAGGUCAGUCGGCACACUUUCCUGGAAAACAAAACUAACACCCUACAGUCUGGGGCAGAAAAACAACACAGUCGACACGCCCACAGUAUGGCCGACUCUGCCCACGGAUCCAUGUCCUCAUCCUCUAAGAGCUCAGCGUCUUAUCUCAGUCUGUCCAAGAGCCACAGCGGACUGAGCGAUGCCAAAUCUGUGGGGAAUCUCAGCGACGGUCGACUCCACCCGGAUGACCCAAACUCUAACACGACAGCUGGGGUGGGACCCAGUGCCCGCUUCUUCCCUGCCAGCUGUUUAGACCUCAACACCCCUUCAGGUCCUUCUGGGCCUCCUGGCAGCCCCUCUACUCGACACAGUGAUCGAUCUGGACACAGCCCCGCCUCUCGUAGCAGCGGCAAUGCCCGCAUGGAGAGCAGCACGCUGGACUCUUCAUCCAGGCACAAAUCCAGACAUAAAUCUUUAGUGCCAGAGGACGCUGGUGCUCCGGAGCUCUUGGACCCAGGAGGACCUGGGAUGCCCUCCACUCACACUCUGCCUUCCCCUCACGAGUCUUAUCAUUACGGCCUCGGCUAUACCUCGCCUUUCUCCUCUCAGCAGCGGCCACAGCGCCACUCCAUGUACGUGAGAAGGGAACGCCACCGACCACACGGAGUGGAGACGGCGAUGGCGGGCUUGCCUCCGCCGGGGCAGGCGAUACCAACACGAGCCAGUAGCCUGCAGCUCCUCUCCCCACAGCUGCAGCACAGGACCACCCUCGCUGGACACUCAGUGAGUUCUUCGAGGGAGGACUGCACGGACGACAUGACGAGGAGUGAGCAGUCCCCUAAAGACAUGAGCCACCCUUGUGCCCCCAUCAAAGACUCUACGCGGGACAACACUGCUGCUUUUCUUACACAGCGCUCUAAAAACGAGGUUGGCAUGUACCACGACCCUCAUGUUGAGGACGGAGCUUCCUCCAAGGAGAACCGGAUGAUCUUCACUGAGUCCAUGCCUCGGAGAGUAGGGAGCUUUUAUCGAGUCCCUUCUCCCAGGCCAGAUAACUCCUCUUUCCACGACGGCGUCGGCCAGGGUCGAGGCCCAGUCGUACCCAUUGUACCCGGAGACCCUGUCGCCAUGGCCAACCACUCCAAACGCCAGACUGCUUUUGACUGGACUACUGCAGAAGCAAUGGUCAUGAAUCCUCCAGAGCCCGCCAAAGAGAAGGAAAAGCAAGGCUUCUUCAGAGCCAUUAAAAAGAAAAAGAAGAAGUCACAAAUAACCGACAUGGAGGACGGGAGGAAUCCCAGCAUCAAGAAAAGCCUUUUUCCCCUCUUUAGCUCUAAAAAUAGCUUAAAGCACAACUCAGCUGUCAAAGUCCUACCUGUAGUCGCCUCGCCUAUGGUACAACACCAGCCUGCCGCGCCCUACCCUGCCUCACCAGUUCCCGGGAACGGACAGGAUCACUUGUCCCUGCAGAGGAGCUCCAAGUCGUCCUCUCACCACAGCAGCCGGCGGAAAAACCGCGAGCGAUCCCGAGACAGAGAUCGAGACCGGGAACAGAGCCGGGACAGAGACCGAGACAGGGAGAGGGAACGGGAGCGAGAACGAGAGAGAGAAAGGGAGAGAGAGAGGGAGAGAGGGAGGGAGAGAGAGAGAGUCACUGACUGGCCGGACAAACAAGUGGACUCACACUCUCAGAGCCAACCACUCAAGUCACUACGUAGGCUCCUUCACCUCUCCCCUUCUUCCUCAAAUCAAGGACAGGCUCCCCCUCCUCCUCCUCCUCAAGACCUGCGCUUCCAAGCCCCCAUGCCCAACCCUCCUCAGCCCUCCUCCAAAGCAGGCUACCCCGAGGGUCGAGGUCAUGCCGACAGCAGGGGGCACACUGGGGUGAGCAGCUCCACCCAGGCUAAGAGCCGCAAGGCCAGCUACCCCCUGCCGGGACAGAUAGAGUCCAGCUGGCACGUAUCUGCUUUACAGCGGGCAGAGGGCGCUCAGUUCACCCCUGAACAGCUGGGCAUCAAACCGGGUCAGAAUGGACCCACUUUUACCCGAGCCUCCCGCACCAGGAUGCCAAACCUCAACGACCUGAAGGAGACCGCCCUCUAAAACCUCUCAACCACACCACCUCCGAUGCAGCUCCAUCCCGGAAGCACCUGCCAGAAUGCAGACAUCGUAGUACUGCAGUAAGGGUCUACACAAGAGCCUUUUUCACUGGAUCAAGUCCUAAUUCAGAAAUGUAGUAAUCUGUCGAUGCUCAUGCCUCUGAAAUCUAAAAGCCUAGACGUUGACCGGCCAAACACCUGGGACAGUGUGGUUUAGGGAAGCAAAGAUAGGGAAGGGCCCAUCCUUUCUUGAGAUGCCAGUACUGUAUCAGCUCUAUAUUAUUGUCUGUCUCUACUUGCAAGGUUACAUCAGAAUAAGCUGAUCAUCCCUGUCAAGGAGACACUGCCCAUGUGGCCUCUUUGCUGCCAUCUUCUGCUCACAGGACGCUACUGCAACACAUUAGACAGCCGCUGUCAUAGCAGUGGCCAAUAAACUCAAAUGUUUUUCAAGCUCUGAUAUUUGAUAAGAACAUAAAAAAUGAUUUAUAUUAACAUUAUUUAUGAAAUAUUUAUUUGUUUUAAAUUCAAGGAUAUAAGCUAUAAAUGACACAGUAUGUAGGUUAUAUGGGAAUAUUAUAAGGUAAUAUAGAAUUAAAUGUGUAAUUGCAAGAGCUUUAGUUUCGACACAAAGAAAUGCAUAGAUAUUUAUGUGUUGAUAAUACAAUAUGUCACAAGGAAUAUUUAAUAAUGGUGAAUGUCUUUUUUUUUGUUUGUUUGUUUGAUUUGAUAUGUUAUUAGCAGAUUAUCAUGUUAUGUUGUUUUUACCCUUUUUUCUGAUUGUUUCAUCAAAAUGUAAAAAGAAAUACUGACAAAUAUAUAAAAUAUCUGAUAUUACAAAUAGUGCAAAUCUGCCCAUCACCCUCAUGACAUCAGUUUUGACGUUUUGUGACAAGUUGGGCUAUUUGUUAGCAGGGUUUGGUAGCAGAACAGCCAGAGUGAGACUGUUAGGCUCUGUGCUUCACAUAUUGUAAUUGUCAGGUCAUUUUAUCUUACAUUCCCAUUGUCGCAGUUUUCAAAUUUGCCCAUUUUUCAGUCCCUCAGUUCGUUUAGUGACAAACAGCUUUCCAGCAUCUUGUUGCUGCCAUGUUGGUUUUGUCCACAGCCUUAAAAACCAUUUAACGGGCAUCUUCGCCCACAUCACCACGCAGCUCUAGUGAGGGAGGUUUACCUAACAUGACAUUGAAAAUUUAAAGUGUUUUGAGACGGCAGGGAAGCUCUCUGCAAAAAGGCAUACCUCACCUGCAACCUUUAAAAUCUUAAAGGAUAAGUCUGGUAAUACUUUAUCUUUAUCCAUUUAUUUAUUUUGUCAGAAAUUCCAAGUGCAUUGUCUGUGCAGCCAAAGUGGGGUGUAUGUGCUCUAAAAAUCUUUAGAUUCAUUUUAAUUUGUUAUUGAAAUUUGUUAUUGACUAAAGUAGAGAAUAUGCUCAUUUAAAUAUAGUAAGUACAGUACUUGAGUGAAUGUGGUUUCUUACAUCCCCCCACUGGCUGGGUGUGGGCUUUUCAUAGGACUUUGCUGACGUCAUGAAUUAUAUGAAAUAACACCAGACUUAUCCUAUAAUAUGUGUUUACAUUUCCUGUGUGCAUUUUAAAAGCUUGUGUUAUCAAGAGUUUUGUAAAAGUCUUUUGUAAAUCUGAAUUUGAUUUUCCAAUUUGCAUUACUAUUAACAUUAACAGUCAUAAUCAGGGAUGAUUUUACUUAACUUGAUUGUUCAUUAAAGCAUUUACUAAUUGUCUUCUGA